ACAAAUAUCAUUCAACCGAAACUUUACAAACCCUAAUUUCAACUCAAAAAGAAAAAUCCACUUAAAAAAAAAAUCGACGAUAAUGGCCGGCGCUGCUUUAGAUAUGUCUCUUGAUGAUCUCAUCAAGAACAAUAAGAAAUCCGGCGGUGAUGGCGGUAGUCGCGGCCGUGGUCGAGGUCGAUCUUCCGGACCUGGACCUACACGUCGGUUCAACAACCGCGGUGCUCACCGUGCCACACCUUACGGCGGACCUAAGGCACCAGUUGCUGCUUGGAAGCAUGAUAUGUUUCCUGAUCAGGCUAUGGGAAUUGGGGGCCGGUCUUCUGCGGUUGAGACCGGAACGAAGCUGUAUAUAUCGAACCUUGAUUACGGUGUCUCCAAUGAGGAUAUCAAGGAGCUUUUUGCUGAAGUUGGUGAUCUGAAGAAGUAUUCUAUACAUUACGAUAGAAGCGGAAGAUCUAAGGGAACGGCUGAGAUUGUGUUUACAAGACAACAAGAUGCGUUAGCAGCUGUCAAGAGGUAUAACAAUGUCCAGCUUGAUGGAAAGCCAAUGAAAAUAGAGGUGGUGGGAUUAAAUAUAGUAGCUCCUGCUGGUGGUCCUCCGUUCACAAACAAUGCUAGAAAUACGAAUGGUUAUCCUAGAGGUGGACAAGGUAGGAAUGGUGGAUUUGGAAGGCCACGUGGUGGUGGUGCCGGAGGCCGAGGACCUGCUGCAAGGGGAGGCCGUGGACGCGGCAGAGGAGGCCGUGGAGAGAAAAUAUCCGCGGAUGAUCUUGACGCUGAUCUGGAGAAGUACCAUUCAGAGUCAAUGCAAACAAAUUGAAUUGUCUCCUGUGCUUGUUGAUCUUUAAACAUCAACUCUUAUAACGGCCAAGUACUGUUUGUAUUCUAUGAACACCCAACUCUCUAGGCUCUGAGGACAAGAGUAGUAGGGGGAGUAUUUUAGGACCUUCGGUUUUAUGGAGCUUUUGGCCUCUACUGUUAUUGUUUUUAUGUAAGUUUUAAAACGUUACAUUAGUUGAUGGAGCAUUGUAUUCUUUCUGCGAUUCA